UAGUGUUAAGAUAAGUAGCGGAGGCUUCUUAAGCUUAUUAUUAAGUGUUUCUGUUGGUACCUGAUCUAAAUUUUGGACAACCACUUGAGAUGAAAAGGUAGAUCUUUAGGUUUUGUUCACGAGAUGGUUUAUUGUGGAAAACCUAGCUCGGCAUGUAAUGAGUGUCGAAGACGACGAACACGAUGUGACGAAGCUCGUCCCUCGUGCAAGCAAGGCGUCCGAGGUUGUCGAGUUUGUACGGGGUAUCGUGACCUUCUCACACUCAUGUUUCGAGACGAGAACGAGAACAAAAGAUUAGCUAGAAAUGGCCAAAAUCGGAAACCCGCUCCUACACGAGAAGCAGUCUUGUUAAAGUGGAAAGAAAUGGGAGGGGAAUUGGAGCCUGAUCCGAGAACCAAGUUCAGAGAAGAGAGAGUCGGGAGGCUUGAAUCUCUGUUGAAACAUUCAAGUGAAGAGGAACAAGGAAUUUGUUAUGUGUUUCGAAACUAUGCUUAUGAAGAUCCAGACUAUGGGAUGGACUUUUCGCACGCGAUAAUGAAAGACGGCGGGCUUUUUGCUUACUUGCCUGAGAUGUUGGGAGGGUCAAGGGCCAGGUUGAAUUGUUUGGACGAUGCUAUUCUAGCACUGGGCCUUGCUGGAAUCUCUAACACGAGACGCGAUAGUCUGAUGAUGAAGAAAGCGGUUGCGAGAUAUAUGAGGGCAGUAAGUGGUAUUAGUGCGUUGUUGCCAAAGGUCAAUGAAGCUACGAAAGACGAUGUCCUUGUUUCGGUUCUAUUGUUAGGCCUAUACGAGACCAACUGCUCCAGCAAACCAAGCUCAAUGAAAUAUUGGGCUCAACACGCAAAUGGUGCUUCGUCACUCCUUUCCUUGCGCGGAGACAGCCAACUCCAAACACCUACCGGACGUCGGAUAUUCGUCCGAGUACGCUUCCAAUUCAUGAAGACCUGCGUCCAACGAAAUAUUCCAAUCCCAAAUUCUAUAACAAGACUCUCCCUCCUAGCCCUCCCCCACGAAUCCCCGGACCACGCAGCAGCAACCGGCCUCUCAUUCAUAAUAACCCGCUUCGCCGCCCUACGAGCCCGCCUCCAAACCACAUCCGUCACCGAAAUCCUCAAAGCAGCCACAGAAAUCGAGCAACAGCUCGAAAAGUGGGCCACAAACCUACCCGACGGCUACAAAUACCAGAUCAUACCAACACCAGAAACACAACGGCAGUAUGAAAAUGACGAGAGAGAGAUUUACGGAGAUACAUAUCACGUCUAUACUGAUGUGCUUCUAGCAUCGGCGUGGAACUCCUACCGCUGUGCACGAACCCUCGUUCUCGAGCUACUGUGCACAUACAUACUCCUCCUCACUCCUCCAGAUCCGGACACGGAUUUACAGAUCUACACCUGGAAAUCCAGGAUCUCAGAGCUAAACAACGAUAUCCUAGCAUCCGUGCUGUUCCAUUUCAACACACACAUACAACUCCAGAACAAUCUGUGGACUAGGCCACCGCCUCGGGCGUUGAACGGCGAGAUGCUGAUGUGGAAUCUGCACCGGUGUGCGCUUUCGGGAAUGGUGGGUUGUGAUGAGGAGGGGGAGAGGAAGAAGAGGUGGAUAUGUGCGAGGUUGAGGGCUAUUGCGAGGGAGAUGGGGAUUUUGCAUGCGGAGGGGUUGGCCGUUGUGGCGGAGAUGGGGAGGGAGGUUAGUGUUUGGGAGUUGGCGAGGUCGAGGGAGGAUGAAGUGCAGGGUGUUUUGGGGGAGAUGGGUGAGGAUGUAGAUUGGGGGUCGGAUGGGGUGACGAGGGAGAGGAGUCCGUCGUUUUGAAUGGGUAACUUGUGGUUUUGCAGCUAAUGACGAAUCCAAAAGGCUUGAAGCUGAGUCUUGAAGCUGAAGACUUGUUGAAAUAUAUGCAGUUCUUGAAAAGAACCAUUUGGAUCAACUCCGUAGAAACGAAAUCAAGCAAAGAGGAAGCCAUGCUGUGGUUGAAUACAUCGUACUAUUUUGAAUAGUUCUGCAAUA